CUGCCGGCGCCCGGGAUUGUGGGAGCGGGGGGGACGCGGCGCGGGGAGAGGACGCGGCCGGGCCGGAGGGUUCCGGUGUGGGCGCAGACGUGUCCGCCGGGGCCGCGGAGCCACAGGCGCUGCCCCUGCCCGCUCGGAACAGCGCCCGGCCCGGGGCCGGCCCGGCGGAGCCAUGGCCGGGACCAGCAGCCCCGAAGCCGUGAAGAAGCUGCUGGAAAACAUGCAGGGAGACCUGCGGGGCCUGAGCCUGGAGUGCCGGAAAAAAUUCCCCCCCGUGAAGGAGGCUGCUGAAUCAGGAAUAAUAAAAGUGAAAACAAUAGCUGCACGGAACACAGAUAUUUUGGCAGCAUUGAAAGAGAACAGCUCAGAGGUGGUUCAGCCUUUUCUGAUGGGUUGUGGAACAAAAGAACCAAAAAUCACUCAGCUGUGUCUAGCAGCCAUACAGAGGCUCAUGUCUCAUGAAGUUGUUUCAGAGGCUGCAGCAGGAAACAUUAUUAAUAUGCUUUGGCAAUUGAUGGAGAACAGUCUUGAAGAACUUAAAUUGCUCCAGACAGUUCUUGUACUUUUAACAACCAAUACAGUUGUGCAUGAUGAAGCACUGUCCAAGGCAAUUGUACUUUGCUUUCGGUUGCACUUCACGAAAGAUAACAUCACCAAUAACACCGCAGCAGCCACGGUGCGGCAGGUGGUUACUGUCGUGUUUGAGAGAGUGGUUGCUGAAGAUGAACGAUACAAAGAUGCCGUUGACCAGCCAGCUGCAAUUCAAGGGAAUAGUAAUAGAAGAUCUGUCAGUACACUGAAGCCAUGUGCUAAAGAUGCAUAUAUGCUUUUUCAGGAUCUUUGUCAGUUAGUUAAUGCUGAUGCUCCCUACUGGCUCGUGGGCAUGACAGAAAUGACACGGACAUUUGGCCUUGAACUUCUGGAGUCGGUCCUCAAUGACUUUCCACAAGUGUUUUUACAACAUCAGGAAUUCAGUUUUCUUCUAAAAGAAAGGGUAUGCCCUCUUGUUAUAAAGCUCUUCUCACCAAAUAUCAAGUUCAGGCAAGGUUCCACCACCUCAUCUUCCCCAGCACCAGUGGAAAAACCAUACUUUCCCAUCUGUAUGCGUUUGCUGCGAGUAGUUUCUGUUUUGAUUAAACAAUUUUACAGUUUGCUGGUAACAGAAUGUGAAAUCUUUCUGUCAUUACUGGUUAAGUUUCUGGAUGCAGACAAACCACAGUGGCUACGAGCUGUUGCGGUAGAAUCUAUUCACAGGCUUUGUGUCCAGCCUCAGCUAUUAAGGUCUUUUUGUCAGUCAUAUGAUAUGAAGCAACAUUCCACUAAAGUUUUCCGUGAUAUUGUGAAUGCACUGGGCUCCUUUAUCCAGUCUCUGUUUCUUGUACCAAGCACAGGGAACACAUCAGCAACACCAAACCAAACUGGAAGCAAUGCAUCAGGGAAUACUGGGUCAGCACAAACUAACCCAGGAGUGCUUGGAAUGGGUGGAGGUGCAACUGUAUUACCUGCCUUUGAGUACAGAGGCACUUGGAUACCCAUCCUGAAUGUAACAGUACAAGGCAGUGCUAAAGCUACAUAUUUGGAGAUGCUGGACAAAGUCGAGCCACCUACAAUUCCUGAGGGCUAUGCAAUGUCAGUGGCAUUUCACUGUUUGCUGGAUCUUGUCCGUGGUAUCACUACUAUGAUUGAAGGAGAGUUGGGAGAGGCAGAAACUGUCAUUCAAACCACAACAGAGGCAACCUCAUUACCAGCACGGUCUUCAGAGCAAGAUUUGCAGUCUGCUUCUGACCAAUCAGAGAAAGAACUAGUUAGCAGAGCUGUCUGGGAAGAAAUGGUGAAUGCGUGUUGGUGUGGUCUUCUGGCUGCUCUGUCCCUCCUACUUGAUGCAAGCACUGAUGAAGCUGCCACUGAAAAUAUUCUAAAAGCAGAAUUGACCAUGGCUGCACUUUGUGGAAGACUGGGUCUUGUAACAUCAAGAGAUGCCUUUAUCACUGCCAUUUGCAAAGGAUCCUUGCCUCCUCACUAUGCCCUUACUGUAUUAAACAGCACAACUGCAGCUCUGUCCAGCAAAUCAUAUUCCAUUCAGGGACAGAAUGUUCAAAUGAUUAGUCCCUCAAGUGAGUCUCACCAGCAAGUAGUAGCAGUAGGGCAGCCCUUAGCUCUUCAACCACAGGGAACAGUAAUGCUGACAUCAAAAAAUAUCCAGUGUAUGAGGACAUUACUCAACUUAGCUCACUUCCAUGGAGCUGUUCUUGGUACAUCAUGGCAACUUGUCCUGGCUACCCUUCAGCAUCUUGUGUGGAUUCUGGGACUGAAGCCUACUGUUGGGGGUGCAUUAAAACCUGGAAGAGCUGUGGAAGGGCCAAGCACAGUUCUGACUACAGCAGUUAUGACUGAUCUGCCAUCUAUAUCCAAUAUGAUUUCAAAACUUUUUGAAAACUCACAGUACCUUGAUGAUGUGUCUUUACAUCACUUAAUAAAUGCCCUUUGCUCCUUGUCUCUGGAAGCCAUGGAUAUGGCCUAUGGAAACAAUAAGGAACCAUCGCUUUUUGCUGUUGCUAAAUUGCUGGAAACGGGACUUGUUAACAUGCGCAGGAUUGAGAUUCUUUGGAGACCUCUGACUGGUCAUCUUCUGGAGGUCUGUCAGCAUCCUAACUCCAGAAUGAGAGAAUGGGGAGCAGAAGCUUUAACUUCUCUCAUUAAAGCGGGGCUGACAUUCAGACAUGAUCCUCCAUUAUCUCAAAAUCAGAGACUGCAGUUGCUUUUAUUGAAUCCACUAAAGGAGCUGUCAAACAUUAGUCAUCCUGAUAUCAGGAUCAAGCAGUUGGAGUGUGUGCUACAGAUUUUACAGAGUCAGGGUGACAGCUUAGGACCUGGUUGGCCAUUGGUGCUUGGAGUCAUGGGGGCAAUCCAAAGUGAUCAGGGAGAGUCCUUAAUACGGACUGCAUUCCAAUGUCUUCAGCUGGUUGUGACUGACUUCCUUCCUACAAUGCCAUGUACUUGUCUGCAGAUAGUUGUUGAAGUUGCAGGAAGCUUUGGACUUCACAAUCAAGAGCUAAAUAUUAGCUUAACUUCAAUUGGUUUGCUGUGGAAUAUUUCAGAUUAUUUUUUCCAAAGAGGUGAAAUAAUUGAAAAGGAGCUAAACAAAGAAGAAGCAGUGUUGCAGAAACAAGCAGAAGAAAAGGGAGUGAUGCUGAACAGGCCUUUUCAUCCUGCAUCACCAUUUGACUGUCUUUGGUUAUGCCUGUAUGCCAAACUUGGGGAGCUGUGUGUGGAUCCCCGACCUGCAGUUAGGAAGAGCGCUGGGCAGACAUUGUUUUCUACUAUUGGUGCUCAUGGAACUUUGCUGCAACACUCAACGUGGCACACAGUAAUAUGGAAGGUUUUAUUUCACCUGUUGGAUAGGGUUCGAGAAUCUUCUACGACAGCUGACAAAGAGAAGAUUGAAUCAGGAGGAGGGAACAUUCUCAUUCAUCAUUCAAGGGAUACAGCUGAGAAACAGUGGGCUGAGACAUGGGUAUUAACACUGGCUGGAGUUGCAAGAAUAUUUAACACCAGGAGAUACUUACUGCAGCCUCUAGGAGACUUUUCUCAAGCCUGGGAUGUUCUUCUUGAUCACAUCCAGUCAGCAGCACUUAGCAAAAAUAAUGAAGUUUCCUUGGCUGCUCUGAAAAGCUUCCAGGAGAUCCUACAAAUUGUUUCUCCUGUUCGAGACUCCGAGAAGCCUGAGACACCACCUGCCAUCAAUGUUUCUGUACCUUUGGUGGUAGGGACAACAACUGCCACUAGUCUGGGCAGAUCAUUCAUGAGAACUGACUCCAUAGGAGAAAGGAUAGGAAGAUACAAUGGAUCUGAACCUCCUGUAAUAACAGAUGAGAUUGAAGAUCUGAAUCUUUGGUGGGCAGCCUGGAACAGCUGGUAUAGGAUUGGAUCAGAAAGUACAAGGCCUCCAAUUACUUGUGAUAAAUUGACUUUCAUUCCCAGCCAGCCUUUUCUUACAGCUUUAAUUCAAAUCUUCCCAGCUCUUUACCAACACAUCAAAACUGGUUUCAGCAUGGAUGAUCUCCAAAAGCUGGGUGUCAUUUUGCACGGUGCUGUUUCAGUUCCAAUCAGUUCAGAUGCUUCCCCUUUCAUCCUUCCAUCUUACACUGAAGCAGUUUUGACAAGUUUACAGGAAGCAGUACUUACAGCUUUAGAUGUUUUACAAAAGGCUAUAUGUGUGGGCUCAGAAGCUAUGCAGAUAAUGUAUCCUGCAAUCUUUGACCAACUGCUGGCCUUUGUAGAAUUCUCCUGCAAGCCUCCACAGUAUGGACAGCUGGAAACAAAGCACAUUGCAAAUGCAAAGUAUAAUCAGAUACAACUAUUUGCACCGGCGGAAUGGGUGGCGUUGAAUUACGUACCUUUUGCAGAGAGAUCAUUGGAAGUUGUGGUGGACUUAUACCAAAAGACAGCUUGCCAUAAAGCUGUGGUAACAGAGAAGGUUCUUCAGAACAUUAUUAAGACACUUCGAAUACCUCUUAGUCUGAAGUACUCGUGUCCUUCUGAAAGCACAUGGAAGUUAGCUGUGUCCUCUCUUCUCAAAGUUCUCUCCAUUGGACUACCUGUUGCAAGGCAGCAUGCAUCUUCUGGAAAAUUUGACAGUAUGUGGCCAGAGCUAGCAAAUACUUUUGAAGACUUUUUAUUUACAAAAAGUAUGUUUAUUUUUAGUACACCUCCUGAUAAUCUCUCAAUUCAAGAAUUUCAGAAGAAUGAGAGUAUUGACGUUGAGGUGGUGCAGCUUAUCAGCACAGAGAUAUUGCCAUAUGCUAAUUUUAUUCCUAAGGAAUUUGUCGGUCAGAUAAUGACUAUGCUCAAUAAAGGCUCAAUACAUUCUCAAUCAUCCUCCUUUACAGAAGCUGAAAUAGAUAUUCGAAUGAGAGAGGAGUUUUCUAAGGUGUGUUUUGAAACCCUGCUCCAGUUUUCCUUCAGUAAUAAAGUCACAACUCCUCAAGAAGGCUACAUCUCUAGAAUGGCGCUUUCUGUGCUCUUGAAAAGGUCACAGGAUGUACUGCAUCGCUACAUAGAAGAUGAGAGAUUGAGUGGCAAAUGUCCUCUUCCACGGCAGCAAGUAACAGAAAUCAUAUUUGUUUUAAAAGCUGUCAGUACUCUCAUAGAUUCACUUAAAAAGACUCAACCUGAAAACGUUGAUUCUAGCACAUGGGCACAAGUUAUUGCCUUGUACCCGACUUUAGUAGAAUGUAUCACCUGCUCAUCCUCAGAAGUGUGCUCUGCUUUGAAGGAGGCACUGGUUCCCUUUAAGGACUUCAUGCAUCCACCAGCAGCCAAGGUACAGAAUGGAGAGUCUUGACCCCAAACAACUUCUUUUUUAUUCUUGAAGGGAAUAUCCAAAAGUGUUUGCUCCUGGGUGAAGUUUCUCUGAGGAAAUCUCUUGUGACUAGUACUUUGGCAACCAGUGCUGACUGCCUCUUAACUGUACUAACAAGAGCUCAGUAAGUCGUGAAUACAGGCUUUAUCUCAAAGGUUCCAGAGUGAGUAGCAGUGCAAAACUUUAAUAAAUUUAACUGACUAGUUGGAAUCAUUUAUAAUCUAAUGUACUUGCUACAGUAUCUUGAAGUGGUGAUUGAAAAGUGGGCUUAUGUACAGCUUGUUGUGUAUGUGUUAAUGAUGUAAUUAAAAAUAUUUCAAUUCAGUCAGAUUUAUUAGGCUGGUGUUUUGCACCCUUUUUUGAAGUACGAAUUGUACUGAAAUUUUAUGCAAGAUGGUACUGUAACAUUCCAUAUAUCUGUAACCAGCCUUUGUAAACAAAGGGAACUGAUAUACUUGUGUGUAUAAUAAAUGGUACAGUUAUGUAUAAAAUAGUUGCAUUUAUUAUUUAAAUUCUUUUAAAAAUAUUGAUAAUGUCAAAUGCUUGAAAAUGUAUUUAUUAUGAAUAAGUUGUAUGCUUGCAUUUUUACUUACAGUUUGCCUUCUAAAUUGCCAGAUAUGCUCAUUCAUAUCUGAUCAUGUUAGUUUUUGCUUAAUUGAAUGUAUCUUCUUUGUGGCCAUUGGACAUCUGCAAAAGGUCAUAUAACAAAAAAUUGAAGCAAGCAGUCACAGUCUGCUGAUCUCCAACUUCAGAGUAGUUGACCUGAAAUAAGUUUGGAUAUGCAGAAAUCCACUGUAGCACUUCAACACUACCAUACCUCACUUCAUAAUAAAUUUGUUUCAAGAUGUUUGUUCUACUUAACUCUAUCCAUUUUUGCAGUUGCAGCCUUUCUUUAAAACGAAAACAAACUUAUUUGAGGGUUGUUAGCCUUUUUUGACCUUCUUGGCAAGUAUCACAGUCUUUGAAUCAUGACCCAGGAAAGGCAAGUUCAAAUAUCUAAAAUACUUGGCUGUAAUAUUUUGAUCAAUAAGUGUUUUGUUUUGUAAUGUCUUUUCAACCCCCAAAAAUUGUUCUAAUCUUUUAAUUAUAAGCUGUGUCUGAUAAAAACCAUGAGAAGUGUAUUUUUCAAGACAGUUACUCAGUUAGAAAUACAGUAAAAUUUGUCAUUAAGUAAAUGUGAAUUUGUUUCAUUUUAACAUAAUACACAAUUGAAGCAAACCACUUUUAAUAGUAUUUUUUUUUAAGUUUGUGAUCUAGCAUUUAAACUCUUAUUUAAUGAAUUUUGAUUUCAAUAAUGUUUCACCUGUAUUCACAUUUUUAAUCUGUGAUGUGAAAGCACAAAGGCCAAAUGUAAAAAAAAAAAAAAAAAAGACAGGUGCCUUUCUAUGGAUUUCAGAAUUUCAGAGCUUACUUUUAGGUUUUUGUUUCUUCAAGUCUUUUGUAGAUAUUAAAAGAUUGUCAUGCAUAAGAAAUGGUAUUACAUCUGUUUGCUUUGCACUUUCCUCACUAAAGGAACACUGAUUCUUACAUGUGGAUAGGUGUAAAAGUUGUAGAAGCUUCAAGCUGAAGGUGUAAUAAACUGAUCAGGGUUACCCUGCAUGAAUAAUGUUCUCCAGGCAGUUGUCUGGACAUCUUGCUCCCAGAAGUCUCCAGUUCAUGGUCCUUUUUAAAAGCUUGCUGUUUCAGAAUAUCAUAAAUAUUAAAGAGGCUUGGAGACCUUGCACAUUGCUGUGACCAAAGUUGCAUGAGACUUAAUUGUCAAACCUGAAUAGUUUUAGGAGAAUACACAGUUUACAUUAAGGAAACAAAUGUUUCUUGUUAAUAGAAUUUAUGUCAAAAUACCUUCUCUGGAGGAGCAGUUCCAGUAUACUGCAGAACUGGAUCUUACAUACAAAUAACAACAUCAUCAAUACUCUGAAAGUGAAAACCUGACAACUGCUCUCCUAAUUAGUGGAAGAUAAGUCGAGGUCAUUAAAGAAACAAACUGUAGGGUUUUAGAAUAUAUAGGUGUGCAGUUCAAGCUAUGGGUGAAUUUGUUUCUAAUUAGUUUCGAAUGGAUUUUUCAGUGAUAACACUGAUGCAUUUGUCCAUUGAGGCAAAUCUUCAUCUUUUUCUGUAAUUCAAAAAGGGGUGCAUGAGUCUCUCUUGACUACAGCUUAGACUACUUUACACCUAUGAAUAUUAAUCUUCAAAAGGUUUUGAAAUAAACUACCAAUGAGCUAACUUACCAUCCUUUCCUCUUAAUUACAAAAUGAAUAAUAUCUGUAGUAUUUGAGGCAUGUUUUGGACAUGCAAUCUGAGGUUGACUGUAUUAAAACUACUUUUUUGUAUUUUGUAUAAAUAGUUUGAAAACUAAAUACAAAGCUACUUAGCUUGGAAAAUGUUUUCAUUUACUAGUUUUGUCUGUGAACAAGAAUUAUUCCCUUUACUGUGCCUUCUUGUCCAACACUCAAAUAUUUCUUCCAACUUGAAACAUCAGUUUCUUUUUUCUAUUUGUACUUUUUGCUAAGUAUUCUUAGGGCUUCUUUGAGGCAUGCAGCAUUUUUGAAUAUUUAAAUCUCAUAUUUUUACAUGUUUCUAGCAAGGUAAAUCUUGUUCCAGAAGAAAUUUAAUUAAUUUAACAUUACCUGUUGAGUAGACCCAUGUCCAAGUUUAUUUUAAGUCUCUAGGGUUGCUUAGUCAUGAGAAUUAAAACCUGUGGACAUUUUCAGGAUGGGGUCUGCAGUGUGUCGCUGAAGUCACCUAGAAAAGUGGUACAGCUGACUGUAUAGAAAUGUGUCAGCUGGAAGUUAGAAGAUAAGCAUUAAUUCCUUAUUAAAUUUAACCACAAUCUUCACCUUUUUCCUUCUUGUUCACAAGUUUAAAAAAAAAAAGAUAUGGAUGGGAAUCAAAAGAGAAGAUUAUUAGAUUAUUAGGAUGUUCAUAUCAAGACUUUGGAUUACUUGAGAAAACUUGUACAUCUCAGUACCAUGACCAUUGCCUUAAUUUACGUGAGGAUUUGAGAUUGCAUAGUAACUGAUUAUGAAAAAGUAACAGAUGUCUCAAGCUGGGAAGUUCUGAUAGAAAGUCUUAUUCCUAGAAGUAACCUACAGCAGUUAUUUGCUUAUCAUCAGAGAUGGUUGUCUAAGUGGACAUUUGUUUAGUUCCCUUGUACGUGAGGCUGCUUCUCCACUUUAUUGGUGAACUGUGGAAUGUUACUGGACAUUAAACCAUAUGAAACACAUGGCCACUGCUAGUUAUUUACAAGAGUAAAUAAGAGUAUGUCUGUGAAACUUGAGUAGUUUAUCGUUGUACUCUGUAGAUGGGGUUCUUUUUUUACCCAGGUUGAGUUGUUUCUUUUUGCCAAAGAGCAAAUCUUCUCAUAGCUGGCCUUGAACUCUUUAGGCAAGAUACUUUUAGUGAAGCUAAUGACUUUCUUUUCCUCACAAUGGCAAACACAAGUACUAGUCAUCAGUGUAUUUCACAGAAACUCAUUUAGAAGCUCAGGAUAUGAGUGUUCUUGGGGGAGGGAAGAAGAAAGCACAUUUUAUAUUUGUCUGUUUUCUGUACAGCUCAGUUCUGUGUCUCUUCACUAGUUGUUCACCUCACAUUUGCAGCUAGCUACUCACUUUCUGUAUGGCAACCUUCAGCUGCAGUCCUCCUGAAUAAGGUGAGACCCUACAAGCAUGAGAAGAAAUUGAUGUGCACAGCUGCCUUGUGAGCAGUGCACAUUCUGGCUGUGUGAUUGCCACAGGCCAUAAACCAGCCUAAAACAGCUUAGAGUGGGGUGUGUCAGGAAGUUCCAAAUAAGGCAACUCUAAUGUGUAGGUUUUGGUUGAAUUAGAAUCCAAAAUAGUGCAUGGCUAUUGUCUAUAUCUGUAGAUGAAAACCAUUUAACCAUCAGCAAAAUAUUGAUAUGAUAUUUUUAUAUUGCAAGAAAAGCUUCUUUUCUCCCUGGAUUUUUCACCCCUACAUGCUGACAGUGCUUUCAGUAUGUGCUUCAGUUGUAACUUUUGGAGGCGUGGACUCUUUGUUUAGACAACAUUUUGUAUAUCAAGGCACGUACAAGUCCAAUAAAAAUAACUGUCAGUGUAGAACACAGAUUUCAUUUGGAAAGUAGAUACUCUUAAGAGUUCAUAGCUGAGUUAUAGUGUUCAGAUUUAUGUCAUAUUCAAAGUAUCUGACUCCUGUCUAAUUUAGGACAGACUACAUUACACCCACUAAGAAUCAAGUGCUGGGAUCAAGAAUGACUACAGCAGCAGCAAGAGAGCAAAGCAUUGGAUGGGUGGCUUGAGACAACUUGUGUCAGAAAGAAAGUGAAAUUAAAUAUUCACAGUUCUUGGUGGAGAGGGAGAACCUCAAAAUAAAAAUGACUGGACUUGAAGAAGGCAGGCCACAGAAAAUUGAUAAGUAAGAGCUCACAGAAGACAACUCUGAAGUAAGAGAGGAACUGAGGAGAUAAGACAGUUUCUUGAAGAUGUGAAGGUCAUGACUGAAAGUACCUGCCAGGCAAGUAAUAGGAGACCAGCUCAGUUAAACAAGGAAUUUCAACGACUUUAUGCAGUCAGAAGAGGCCUGUGAAAGAUGGGAAGUCAGAUACCACCAAAGACGAGUGUUAACAGAUAGGGAUGAAAGCAGAUACACCUGUCAGCUAACAGAGAAUAAAUGCAUAAGUAGUAAAAGGUUUGUCACUUACAAAAGCGCUGACUACCUAAAAGGGUAUGGCUGUUUACACAGGUGAUGGUGUUUGGUUCAGAGCUGCAAUUCGUGUGUUGAAUUUUUUGGUUUGUUAAUGGUGAUGGCUAAUCAAAAACAUCAGAAAUUUACUGCUAGUAUAUUGCUUGUGUAGUUGAUAUGAGUGAACAAGAUUGAAGAGACUUGCUUAGAAAAAGGGAAACAGGAGAGAAAAUAGUUACAUGUUGUCAAAUGGACUGGGCCUGAAGAAUUCCUUCCUGGUAUUUAAAGAACUAAUCUGAGUAACUUCAACAUUUUUAAGAUCAUCUUUAUGAUGUCCUUGUGUCCUGUCAGAGAGUAACAUGCUCCUUACGGAUCCUUCUUUUUCUAAGCUCCUUAUUUAUGAAUUUAUGUCUUGAUUAUGAAACAACUGAUAAGAAGGAUAAGAUUUAUCAGUGUGUUUACUGUGCUAACUACAGGAUUUCACUAGCAAGAGAUAAGACUAUUCAUUGCUUGAACUUAAUUAUCUGUAUUUAGAGGAACUCUCAGAUAAGCUUAUUUUUAUAAUCAGUUUGAUAAGCUUUUCUUUCUCCAUGUUAACACAUUUAUUUCCACUGGUGAUCCAGAUGCCUGCCUUAAGAACUUACUUCAUAAGUAAUCUCAUUUAUCAGCAGCGUAGUUAUCUUUUCACCUAAAAUGUACUCCUUAUGGAAAGAAUGAGUUAAGUACAGCUGUCAUAUUUUUCUUCAAUCAAAAAUAUUGUGAUGUUGAAGCAUACUUGAAGGCAUUGGCCCCUUGGUUUAUUUUGUUUUUAGAAGAGAUUACCAAUAAUUAAAUAAGAAAGGAAAGCCCUUGGAAGCUGGCUAUCUGGCAUCUUCAUAGUUUUGUUACUGAACACCCUGAUCUUCAAACUGGAGUCAUUCCUGCUGCUCUCUGUGCACAAAAUAUCUGCCUUAGACUUGACACGAGUCUCCUGUUGUAUCUCUGAAGCUGAAGCUGCUUCAAGACUGCCGAAGUACAUGAGGCUGUGAUGGCUGGAAACUUUUGAAGACUGAUACCACUCGGUCUGAUGUUUUAAUGUUAACUAUUUCUUACUUAGAACAAUUAAAGUUGCCAAGGAAUUGCUUAUGUUUCUGGCUUCCUUGCCAGCAAACUCACACUGUUGUCUCUCAUCACAUCACAGACCAAUGCCUGGUCAUGAGGGGUGGGGCUGAGAGGCUGCAUAGAAAAAUGGCAGCCAAAACUGGAUUGCCAGAAUUCAGAGAGAGCACAGAGAGCAGUCUGGUUUUGAUCAACAUCUGUCAUGAGAAAACAUGGAAGGGGACAGGAAUGGAAGUGCACAGUACUGCUGGGAUGUACAUGUACAAGGAACUGGUUUCUAGAGGAUAUCAUGACUGUUACUUGCAGAUCUACUUACUGAACAUCUGUUCAUGCCUCUGGGCUUGGUGAAGCAUUAUACGGUACUACCUUACCACUAAAAUGAGCUCUAGGAUCUACACAAAAUACUGCUCUAGAACAAAUCAGGAAAGAAAGAUUUAUCUUAGAGCAGAGUUAUUUAAAUUAAAUAUUUUCUCUUAAAAUACAGAACUAGUCAUGUCUGUUACAGCUGCAUGCACUAUACUGUCUUAAAAUUUUAAGCAGUUUUGUUGCCAGAGUCUCAAAGAGAAUGCACUGAACUGAUGAAUGGAAUAGCACAAGCCCCUCCCUCUGCAAUUUAUAGAGUGGAAAGCAAGUUUUUGAAGUGCUAAGUGUCAGUCUUAUAGUAGUAACUCCAUCUUGCAGUUUAAUAUCACUUUAACCAACUCAGUUCAAACAACUAGGUCAAACUUGGAAAUGGGUUAGGAAUUAAAAAAGUUCUGCCUUUUUAUUUCUCCUGUACACAGGAUAGACCUGUGAAGGUAAAAUCUGCCCUCUCUAAAAGCUGAAGGCAGUGGUAACCAGAAACAGUCAGUUCUGUACUCUCUGUUAACAGAACAUAUUUUGUGGAUAUAUCCAAUACAUUUAAAAGAGAUCCAUCUAAGAAUUAUUUUGAAUGCCAGUUUUCAUAUUAUUGUACUUUGAAUCCAAACAGAGCUCUUGUCAAACGAAUGAAGUGUUAAAUAAUCAAAAAAUGUACUCAGAUGUUUUCAAAUAAAAUGUAACCAUUUAGAUAAAAUCUUCGCUAUGUAAAAUGUAUUCCCUAGUUUUAAAAAGUUACCAGACUUAGUGGGACUAUAUUGCAAGCAAACAUUUUAAAUAAUUGCUAAUGAAAUAAUAAUAAUCCUUUAGAGAAGAUGAAUGCAGAUGCUGAAUCAGGCUUAAAAUGUAGAUUCUUGUUUGUUUAAGUCGUUGUUAAAUAGAAGUCACUUUUGACAGAAAUCAUUCCUCCUUUAAUCAAAGUUAGGAGAGGAGUAUGGAUCGUCUGCUUUGACAUGCACAAGUUGGAUUUCUUUUCUGAGAUUUAGAUAACUAAAAUUUUGAGGUCUACCACAAGAUUAACUAGGCCUGGCUUUCAUUUGCAGUCAAGGAAGACAAAAUAGGCAGGCCUGGCAGUAGAGUCAUUCCAUCCUAAAAGGUCAUCUUAGUUGCUAUGUGGAAGUGACAGUUCUUGCUACCAGAGCAUAGGACAACUUCUUUAGGCUUAGGCAUCUGGUGUUUCAUGGUGGUUUUUUUUUUUUUGGUUUACUUUAGGCAUCUCAAAAUGGAGAAGAUGAGAGCGCCACAGUAAAAGCAGUUGACUUUGCUAUUGCAAUGUGUUGAUGGUGCUAGUUUUUUUGAGUUCCCCUAAGAGCAGCUUUGUGGCUUUUUUUUUGUUUGCCUUUUGGGUUUUUACAUAUCCUUUGUAAGGGCUUGUUCUAAGGCUUGCCUGUUUUUUUCCUGGGUGGAGAUAAUGUUCAAAUAUUUAUCUGUUGUACCCUCUGUCUGCAAGGGACAACAAGCUGUGACUUCCUUGUAGUCAUGGCAUUAGUCUAAAUAAUUACAUGAAGAGUUAAGAGAUCUACAGUUACUGUUACUGUAGAAGCUGAGCUCUUUUUGAGCCUUAAAUUCUCCCUGCUGCUGAUCUGUCUUGGUUUCCCAUUGGUUUCCCAACUUGGAUGAGUACAUGAUGUUAUUGUCUUUAUAAACUCAGUAAGCAGAACUAAACAUUUCUAUCACUGCUACACUUUUGUACACUCAUCAGAUAUUCUUUCUGAUUGUUUUAUAUAUUACAUUUAACUGCUGCUUUUUUCACAAGUGUUUCAGGUCAGCAAGGUUACAGUUACUUCUGAUACUGUCCACUUGGGUGCCUGAAUUCUUAUUUUUGGCAUUUGAAUUAGUCAUCUCUUAGGAGAAUGAGAAAAUACUUGUCAAUAAACAUGAGUUCUUGGAAAGUCCCUGCUCAAUUACACUCUUGGUAAACAAAACUUGAAUUACUGAAAGUAACUAGGGUUCCUGUCCUCAAAAUCUUUCAGAGCUUUGCCUUACAGCAUGAAUCAGCAAGGUGGGUGGCUCCAAGAAAAAUUAACGAUUGAAAGCUUGCAGAUUGGUGCCUGUAUCCAGCUGCAUCCUGGCAUAUUUUGUAACCUUUUAGGUAAUUUUUCAUUGUUUUCCAGGGUCUACUGUAAUAGAUCUUGGACUUUUACUUUUUAUAUAAAUGCAAGUAAAAAAGAUGUGUAGGUCUUGUGUUUUGCUAUAUAAUAAACUGUGAUGUAUGCUGAGUAUCUGCCAGUAGUUUGUACUGAUAUUCAAUUACAAUUUUAAAAACAUUUUCUGUUUAGACAUAAAUAACAAAUAUUUAAAUUAUUUAACUUACCAAAAAGAAACAGUAUUCUACAGUUAUCUCCCCUUCUUAAAAUAAAUUUAUCCAAUUAUGUGGUUUGAAUUUACAUUUUACUUUCACACUGAAGUGCUGAUUUUCUUCAAAUAAAAAUUGCUAAUUCCUUGUCUCUGAAA